AGUUGCUUCUCCGUGACGCGUCGCGAGAUGGUUUCCCGGGCUAGGGUCAGUUGCCGGCAUGGCUAGCGCGAUCAGUUCCUUUGAGUUUGACGGAACUUUUGUUGGUCCUCCGUCACCUUGUGUCCUGUGUGCUUCAAAUCCGUUUCGGUGACAACUCAAUUCUGAACAUUACAGUGUAUUAACUCAUUCAGUGACAACGAAAUUCGAACUUCUUUUUUUAACAUUGCAGUGCUUUAAUUCAUCAAGUGGAAACAACGAAAUUCGAGAAAAUUCCUUCAAAUUGUGUGCAUUUAACUCAUUUAGUGACAACGUAAUCCGAACUCAAUUUUAAACAUUCCAGUGCAUCUUGGGAAUAAACCGCUGUUGUACAAUUUCUGAACUCAUAAGUAUCAUAUCUAAUCAUUGUAGCGCAAUCAGUAAAUAAACCACUGAGCAAUCAUUGGGCCAAAUUUCAAAUUUUGAACAAGACUGUGUACCGUGAACCAUAACCACAACAAUACAGUGUAUUGUUGAUGACGAAUAUUGUGCAAUACAGUACAUUCAGAAAAAGCGCAUUUUCAAAAAUUUGAACACAUUGACCAUUAUUAUCAAAUUUGAACACGGCCUAUAAAUAUGAGCAACCGACAGUGAGAACGAUUCAUAGUGAGUGCAUUGAAAAAACGGCGUCUAUAGAUUCUAGAAAUCCCAAACUCAUAAUUCAGUGUAUGAACAGAAAUCAACCGCUGUCAUAGUUGAGAUCUUCCAUUCUAAGCUGUAUAAACUUGUACUUUGUACAUUGACACUUGUACUUUACGCCAUUUACUGAGGUUACUUUUAAGCUAUGCAGUAAAUUGAAGGAAAUCCAGCACAUUUGAACUGUAUUAGUAACCUGUACUAGGAGUUAUGCUACAAGAGAGUGCAAAUUGAAAUCAGCUGUUGUGAAUUAUCCUGAGAAUUUUUCAAGUUCUGAACGAUUAAGUGAAUAAAAAAAAGAACGCAGAAUCGUGAAUAUCGUUAAAGGAGGUUUAAUUGUGUAUUUAUUCCGUCGCUGAAAUAUUCAUUAUUUUUCUGGAUCGUGUGGAUUAUGACAACAAACCAGUGAUAUGCCAAGCACUAUAAGAGCCCAAAUAGAGAUAAUCCCUUGUAAGGUGUGUGGAGAUAAGAGUAGUGGUGUUCACUAUGGGGUGAUCACGUGUGAGGGCUGUAAGGGAUUCUUCAGGCGCAGUCAAUCGGCGGUGAUCAACUACCAGUGUCCCCGCAACAAGAACUGUGUGGUUGAUAGGGUCAACAGGAAUAGGUGCCAAUACUGCCGCCUACAAAAAUGUCUGCGCUUGGGAAUGUCUCGCGACGCUGUCAAGUUUGGCAGGAUGUCGAAGAAGCAGAGAGAGAAGGUGGAGGAUGAGGUACGCUAUCACAGAGCCCAACUGAGGGCCCAAACUGUCCCUGUCCCUGACAGUUCGGGACAGUUAGGGACGGCUCGGGAAUUCCCAGAACCCACCUCUUCUGACCAGCUUCAUCCUCCAUACGGCGGCAAUAGUACUGGGUACCCUUACGGCGAUAUCGGCUACACUCCAGGAGCUGGUUAUACCACUUACGGCACUCAGGUGACUCCGACAAUGCCAUAUGACAUAAGUGCGGAUUAUGUAGACAGCACCACUGCCUAUGACCCACGCCCAUCUAUCGAUCAACUUGCAACCGAUAGUAACAGCAUAAUCACUAAUGUUGUCACUACAGGUGGUGGUGUUAACGGAAACGGGUCAGGAAAAAGCAUGUCGUCACCUGGUAGUGCAUCUUCAGACCAACUCCAGCAACAGCAGCAGCAGCAGCAGCAGCAAAGACAACAGGUGGUGGUGAAAUUAGAGGCGGCCGAAGCUUCGCAGCCGGUUGUCAGCGCCGCCUCCGCAACCGCCCCCUCCAGUGAAACGCUCGUCACCGCUUUUGUAGAUAGCACCACACCUAGACAACUAGAAGAAACAGUCCUGCCCAAUCCCUCUCAGAUAUGUGAACUUCUUUGCAAGACCAUCGCGGACGCCCACGCAAGAACCUGCCUCUAUUCUCUCGAGUACAUACACAGUAUGUUCCGUAAACCACAAGAUCUCUCAAAACUUUUAUACUAUAAAAAUAUGGCGCAUGAAGAGUUAUGGCUGGAGUGCGCUCAAAAGCUAACGACAGUCAUUCAGCAAAUAAUUGAAUUUGCUAAGAUGGUACCCGGAUUUAUGAAGCUUUCCCAAGACGACCAAAUAGUCUUGUUGAAAGCAGGAAGUUUCGAACUAGCAAUAUUACGGAUGAGUAGAUACUACGAUUUGAGCAACAAUUGUGUGCUCUACUCUGACACAAUGCUGCCACAGGACUGUUUUUACACAACGGACACAAAUGAGAUGAAGCUGGUUACAUUAGCGUUUGAAGUGGCGAGGGCCGUAGCUGAACUCAAACUUACAGAAACGGAAUUGGCUUUAUAUUCUGCAGUGGUUUUACUCUCUGCAGAUCGUCAAGGGCUAAAAGGAUUGGCGGAAAUUGGAAGACUGGGGCAGGCGGUGUUGAGGGCGUUGCGCUUGGAACUGGAGAAAAACCAUACCGUGCCCAUAAAAGGAGACGUGACAGUGUGCGAUGCCUUGCUUGCUAAGAUCCCAACGCUCAGGGAGCUGAGUGUGCUACACAUGGAGGCUUUGGCUAAAUUCAAGAGAUCAACACCUCAUCUCGAAUUCCCUGCUCUCCACAAGGAACUGUUUUCAGUGGACAGCUGAGCAACGUGUCGUGGUACUAGAAGCAGACCAGCUGAGCAGCCUGUGCUGAUAGUAAAGGCUCUCGAGUUCGUCUCAGUUUCCAGCUACACUUUUCUUUAAGACAAAAGUGAUCUACUGGACUGCAGUAGGGACUGGAAACGUUUGAUUUAUUGUACUAAAAGUUUAAGAAAGAGAAAAAUGAACAAACAACAUUUUCUGUUAUUUUUUUGACACAAUGCCAAACACUACAGUGUUGAAAUUUAUCUUUGCAUAUUGUUUAAAAUAGUUUUAAUUUAAUUGUUAUUGUAUUUUGUAAGUUUAAGUUUGAACAGAAACUUGGAUGAGGGGUAAGGGUAAUACUAACAUUUGUUGAUUAUUUCUGAACAAGAAAGAGUUAUUGAUCGAUUAUGAAUGAUAAACAACAAUAAGAAUUUAUGUUAAGUUUUCUAUUUCUGUAUUAGUGUUUAAUUGAAAGCGUAAUUGUUGAAGCUGUGAUUAGGUCUGUGUCGAUUUAUAGAAAUUGCACGAUAAGAAGUGAAUCAAACAACAUGUAAAUAAUGAUAGUAUUGAAUCGACAUGGACGGCUAAUAGCACUCUCUACCCCAGCAGCUCAAGUCCAAUGCAUUCAUCGUAAUUUUCGUCAUAUUUCUGAAAUUUUAAUUUCACAGUUAUCGUUUCAAUAUUUUUUAUUAUGAAUUUAUUCUUAAAUUAAAAAUUAGGUGGAUUGAUGAACAGAUUGAUCAUAAUUUUUGCUACAACUAAAUUUAGAAAGUUAAUAAUUUCUUGUUCAUAUUUUAUGAAGGACACACUUUGAUAAGAGCUCUGACGAAUUCUGAAUUUGUAAAGUUAUUAUUAACAUUAAAUUUCCAACAAGUCCAUAUUAAUUAUAAGCUGGCUGUAAGGCCUCUCACGAAACUAUUAGUAUUUUCAUAUAAUAAAUUAUAUGCAAGUAAAUAUAGAUUUGAAAUUACUAAGAAUAUAUAUUAUAAAGAUUUCUCAAUUCCUAUGAAAAAAUAUAAGUUUGUGCGAAAAUAUUAAAUUAAAAAUUUUUGAAGUGUGCAUUAUCGAUUGGAAUUGAAAGAUUUGUACGUUUUGUAGUUCGAUUAGAAAAUUCAUGUAGAUAAUAUGAGAUACACAGUGAUUCAACGAACUGAAUGAACUCAAUCUUAAUUUUUCCGCUCUAUCUAUAGAAGCAAAAUUGUUUUUAUUUCAAAAUUAGAAGUUGUAUCCACCCAAGAUAGAAAUUGAGAAUAAUAUUUUAUGACAUUUUCGUGUUGAAUGGAAAUAAUAAACUUAAGAUGGUUUUGAACGUUUGUAUUAGUAAAAGUCUCUUCGUCUUUGAAUUUCUCAAAGUUUGUGUUAAUCAUCUUCAACAUGAAGUGCUUGGAAAUGUUAUAAUAGUGCCGUAAGUAAGCUUGUGAUAUAAAUAAUUAAAAGGAUAUAAAAUUAUUAUUUUUUUAAAUUUAUUGAGAAGGAUAUACAGAAAGGCUAGAUAAGAGAAUGUUUUUUUAUUGACGUUACAAAGCUUCACUGAACCAUAUCUGUAGGUCGUGUGAAUGAGUGUUAGUUAAUUAGAGUGCAUCCGACGUGUAAAUGUUGCCAGUGUGUGAAAUAGAAUAUUAGUAGGCCUAUGUACGGUAUUAUUCACCAAGAUAACUGAUUUCUCUCAAAUUUUAGUUUACCGGCAUUUAAAAUAGCAACUGACGACAUUCGACUGGAUUUCAUUUUUUAUUUUAUUUGUGAAUUUAUGUUAUCAAAAUAUUAAUAAGUGAGUACUGUAUCACGAAACAUUGAUAUAAGCACACCAUAAUGAGGUAUGUGCAUAUAGAUACAGUAGUGGAUAGCAUACGUGAGUGUGUGUGUGUGAAUGUGUGUGAUGAAACGCAUAUUUGUUGUAUCAAGUUGCAGUGUGCUAAAUUUUGUCUUUGAAUAAUAUAAUGAAUAAAAUUUACAUUUACAUAUACAUGUAACACGAUUGAAUGGGGCGAAGUGUACUAUUUUUGAGUGCCUUUCUAAUGAAGGAAAAAUAGCCAGGGCCCAGGGACAGAUCAAACAGCUUUGCUCAGUAAACACGAUUCUCUUAAAUCUGGCCAACUUUGAUUAAUGAUUAUCAACAACCUUGAACAUCUCAUUUGCUUCAAGAAUCACAUUUAGGUCUUGGAGAUCGCCCGCCUUAAAUAAAUAACUAGCCGGUUAUUAUUUUUCAAUCAUUCAUAAAUUUGUAGAAAAUACCUAUAUUUGAUAUUUUUUUACAUAUUUAUAAUGUUUAAUUGAUUUGUUUUCCAUGUAAAUAUUCAUUUAUCAUCUCACGUUCUGUCUUGAUUAUAAAAGAAAUAUCUGAAAUAGUUUUAUACGAAGUAUUGCAAUAAUAUAAAUGUAAUUCAUUUUCUAGGAAGAGAAAGAUUCAUUCAUGUAAUUUAUUCUCUAUCUUCUAUCUCUCAAAAUAGAGAAUGUCCUAUGAUUUCUUCAGAUAUUUUCUGUGAAAGCCUCAUCUUCAUUCAAUCAUUUACUUAUUUUUACCGGCUGAAAUACUAUAGUAUGAUAUUAAGCAGUGAGUUUUUGUAUUUCGUUUCCAAAAAAUUCAAAUCUAUAAAUGUUAAUUCUUUCAACAUUGAAAAAAAAACAUUUUUAUUUGACAUUAUUUAACGCAAUUAAAGCUUAUAUUGUUAUUAUUUGUUUUUUUAAGUCAAUUUUUGUCAUUGUUAUCUAUAUCAUCAUCCUGAUAUAGAUAAUAUAUUAUAUUAAUUCUAAUUUUAAAUCAUUAAACGCAAUUUAUAAAGUUUUUUAACUCCAUUUUUGUCAUCUAAAUCAUCAUCUUUGUUAAUCUAUAUGUCUACAUCAUUAUUAUCUAGUUUGAUUUGUUUCACGUUUAUAUGCAAUGUGUGAUAACAAAAUAAGUGCUGACUGCUCCAAUUGGUAACAUCUAAUUGUUUGAUUAAGAAUUGGAGAUGCGUGUUGGAAGUGUUACACGUACUUUCAAAGUACCAUAUAGCUUAAUCCUGAAUGGUGCGAAAUGCAAAAACUCAACAGUGACAUGUAUGGAAUCAUAUACAAGUUAAUAAUUCUAUUCUAACAUUUAUUCCUUAUUUACUUUGUUAGGCGAAUCAAAGCAUUGAAAAGGUCAAUUAUACAUAGACUACAUAACUGUUGAAAUAUCUAUCAAGUUGGCUCAUAAUAAAUUGUAUUUUAAGCUUAAGUCUGUGAAGAGUUCUAUUCUGUCUCCAAAUCUAUUAAAGUAGAAACCGAAGUGAAUUUUUUGAAUACCUGACUUAUCAGGAGUCUUCAGGAAGUAAUUUUCAAAACACCCAUACCCUUUCAAUAAUUUCCAUCAAAUCCUAUAUCUUUAUUACUUCAGAACAAGACAUUCACAUUCUAAUAAAUCAUAUGGUUCCAUAUCAUGAAUCACGCAUUUUCGACUGAUUCCUACUAUGAUUGUAUUCGUGUCUUACUUACCUUUAUGUUAUGGUAUCUUAUAGACUUUCUCGAAUGAUUUUUUUCUCAAAAAGGAAAAGACCAAUUUCUAGUUCUCAUGUUCAUCUUGGAAUAUAUAAUAUGUACUUGUUAUGUAUUAGUAGGUACCUUACCUGAAUUUUCCCUAACUGACCUGAUUGUCUCUGUCUUAGCCUCAGUUCAGAGCUUCACAAGAAGUUGAGUUUUAUAGAGAAAAUAAUAAUAAUAGUAGUUAGAAGCCAUCUCGGAGUGGCUCAUGCUACUGCACUGUGAGUAGCAGUCUGGGAAAAGGGUUUAAGGUUAUUAUUAUUAUAUAUUUGAAAAUAUAUAUUGCCUUAUUAUAAAAAAUAUGAAGAAACCGAUCGAGGUUUGUUAUUCAAAACAAAGUUUAGAGUGUAAUAAUAUGAUGAUUAUUGUUAAAAUGCUAAUUAGAAAAAUGGUUAUUAAUGAAAUAUUAUUAUGUGCUGUUAAUAAAUAUAAAUUUAGUCAAAAUAAAACGUUGAAUAACAUGUUUGCUUAUUUACUGUUUAUGUCAUGUUUCAAAAUAUGAUUGUAAUGUAUGGAAAGUUAGUACAAAGUAGUUUGGUCAGUGUCAUCACUGCUGCUGCUGCUGCUGCUAUUCAUUUAACAAUAAAAUUAUUAUAGCGAAUAAUAUUAUAUAAAUGUUAUAUACGGUUUCCGUUCAAAAUUGAUAUAUUUCAAACAGUUUGCUAACUUCUUUGAACUUGGUUUCCAUUAUAUUCUUUACCCAUCGAUUAUUUUAUAUUUGUGUACACUGAUACUGGUACACUUGAUGUUGUUAAAUACCACAAUGUGAAGAUUAGCAGUGUGCACAAAUGUCCUUUAUUUGUAAUAAUAUGUUGAAACUUGACAUUUUUAUGUAAUAAAAUUGACGUUUUCAUAUUUUAAAA